UUCUAACAUCAUCUCUAUUGAAUUUUUCAGCAAAUAAUAUCAUUCUAGAGUUCCAUUGCCUGUAAAGCUGAACACAGGUUGCAGAGUAACGGUUUGCCUUUCAGGACACGGCUAUGAAACCGAAGCCCAAUUCUCUACAAAGAGCUUACUUGUUAAAGAGAAACUGCUUACUAGGAAAACUAUCAUCCACUAUGAAAGCCAGGCGUUUUCUACAAAUUAUCUUUUUGGUAUCGCAGCUGACUCUCUUCACUGAAGCGCACAGCGACGUAAUUUGCCAGGACUUCAAAUUUUUUGUCGAUGAAGAUGUCGUCUAUAACCACAUCCUUGAGGGUCACGUGUUUAGAAGGUCAACAGUCCACAGCGCCGCCCAAUGCCACAUGAUGUGUAAAGAUGACUGUUUGUGCAUAUCCAUGAAUUAUUUUCCUGUCUUUAAAGAAAAUAACUGUGAACUUAACACUAUUAACAAAGAAUUGGAGCCAGCAGCGUUGAAAUGGAAACAAGGAGUUAAUUAUUAUGACUUAGUGAGGAGCUAUAUUAUAAAGGGUGGAGGGAAAUACAUUCCAGGAAAACAUGGCUGUACGAACAGAUGCUGCCGCGACAAUCCUUGUGUCAACGGAGGGGUAUGUCAGGAGAUUUGUGACUCUCACAGCAAACGGUUUAACUGUACCUACCCCCGUGAAAAGAUUAAACAUCCAAGAACCUGUAAAGAUAUUGCUAAGAACGGAGCUUCGAAAUCAGGAAAAUACAUCAUCUUUGAUUCUGCGAACCAAGUGUUUUCUGUUUUCUGCGACAUGGAUUCAGAGUCAGAAUUUGUUUGGGCGUUGAUACAAUCGUUUUCCUUGGCUAAUAACGCUCUGUUUAAAAACAAAGGGUUUGGCGCUGAUUUCCCAGUGAAUCACGCUAACAAUGAUGUGGAUUGGAGCUCGUACCGCCUGUCCUUAUCACAGAUGCGGUCCAUUGCUAAUCAGUCAACACACUUCCGAGCAACCUGUAACUUCCCAACAGAGGGUCUGCAGUAUACCGACUACGCACGCGUCAAGCUGAAAGUUGUCAACAUAUUUGGAACCUAUAGCUCUAUGUGUUUGCCUUUUGAAUACAUAAACAUCCGGGGAAAUGAGUGCUCGAACUGUACCGCUCAUGCAAAACAGCAAUCUGGGAAAGCUUGGACCAUGAAUAGUUACCAAAGCAAGCUAAAGGGCUGCCAAUUUGACGGAAGUCCAGGUGCAAACGGUGACGAACAGAAUUUCGGGCGGUAUAUUUCCAUAAAUACUAAUCACCGCUGUUCUUCAUCGCCUAAGUCGACAACGCAGCACUGGUUUGGAGUUAAGCAUACCUUGUAAAGGAUAGUCGUUUGUUAGCGAUUAUAAUGUCCCAUCAGCAUUAACUUAUUACUACAAUUGUGAAAGUAAUAAAAGAUAUCAUAGCAUACAGCCCAUAUGGCAUAACUUAUCAAUCUAUGUUACUUUCUGUGUAAUGUCGAUUAUUUCCAUACAAAGUCAAACGACCUUUCCACGCCGGAAGCAGUUGAUUUCACUUGUUAAGUCACCUUCGUUUUGUUUGCCGUGACCAAUAAUAUAAACUGUGCUGCAAGUUCCAUUUUGGUUUUUAGUUUUUGCAUUGUGGGAUGCUCGCAUGAACCCUACGUUCAACUAUUUCUUCCUUCAGAAAUUAAGGCUGUUUUGUGACUUACACUAUACCGCCAGUUUACCAGGUAGACACAUUGAAGACUCGGUGGGUACGGUAUGUCCGGAAGGUCAUUCUUAUUUAUGUUGAGAAAUCAAUUCACGCAAUAUAUUUAUCCCAAUGCAGUUGGUAAUUAUAUUGUUUUUCGAACACCUAUUAAACUAUUUUUUUUUACAUUUUUUCUUACUUCUGAUUAAUUAUAGCCUGUGUAAAGCGNCCCCCCCCCAACCCGAUUUUUUGUAGGGUAAGCAGCGGAUGUACACAGGCUAGGGUAAUCAGUAAUUCAAUGGAAACAAUAUACACAAAAACUACAAAUCAAGAACUACUCAUGCGCAAUUAUAACCACGUUCUUGUGUGAAAAAUAAAAGAGAAUGGCAGUUCGCUUCUCCGAGCUGUCAGAAAGUGAUUUAAAGUGACUCAAAACGGUUUCCAGCAUAUGUUUUGAUUGGCCAUUAUAACCACUCUUGCCCAAUCAUCGGUGAACACGCUAUCAUCAUUUACGUGACACAAUAGGUAACCAUAGCAACAGUGUCACCUACUAAAAUACCCUUUAUUUUAGCUUUAAGUACUUGUAUUUAAAAAACGGCACGGUGAAAUUCAAUGUUAUUAUCGAAUUUUGAUAAGCAGGAAACGAUGCAACUACUGGCAAAUUGUAAUAUCUACACUUAGCCAAGCCUAAAAGCCGAACUACAAUGAAAAAAUAGUACUCAUCUACUCGACACGUUCUGUUUCAGUUAAACCCUGUCUUGAAAACGUAAAAUCAACUCCGCUUUCGUUUGAUGACAUACUGAAUGAAAAUGAGUUUUGUAUCUUGGAAAACCUCUGUUUUUGGGAACAACCAUUUCGCUAAAAAAAAUGCUCUCUCUUCCAAAAUAAUAAUGCUAUUCUCAUUCUAUUUCCUGGCAGAAAAACGCGGGCUGUUCAGAAGCGACAUACGCGCGAUUUCCAGCCAAGAAAAGAUUGCACUCUUCAGCUUCCCCGUUCGAGUUACCUUGAGUCUCCCCUCCCCUUCCCCCAGACAGUCUGUACGAACGGACGUCCGCUCGUACUUUGACGUCAUAACCAAGUUUUCUCGCCUUGAUGGUUUAAACCAAAAUUCCUUAUCAAUGGUGCUCCGCUGGCUCGCUUCGCUCACUGGAGCUCCGCUAUAAACCAUUCUGUACACGGGGUUCAGCUGAGAAACUUUAAAUUUUCGAACUCGGUGAACGAACGAUAAAACAAAUAUUGAACCCUGCGAAUUAAGACUAAAGAAGCGUGUGCAAGAUCAUGGAUAUUCAAGACUGUUUCCUCCUGGCAUUUAAAUGAUUACAGGUCAGCUGCCCGACGUUGUGAUUUAGAAAAACACGGAAACUGCCCAUGCCUUCCUAAAGGUAGCUGUAGCCACGAGAGUUACAUUUUUCCGUUUUUGGUCGCCUUUUCUUUUUUGUUUUGUCUUUGUUGUUAAAGGUUAAUUUUUUGCGUACUUUUUUUGUGCAGUUUUAAAUGCAAAUUAGUUUUUUCACGUCGUGUUAUGUAAUGGUCUAUUGUUUAUCACGUAACCUCGUUAAGUUUAUUCUUGUAGUUCAAAAUUCCGUUUAAAAGCGUUGUACUUUUUUAGUUGUAUUCAGUCGUUGUCAGUUCCGUAGUGCCGUACAGAUCUUGUAAGCAAUCUCGUUUUUCCUUUCUAUUUUUUGCUGUUUUUCGUAUUGUUGUAUUUUCAGUUUAUUUAAGUUUAAGUUCGUAUUUAUUAAUUUCUGUAUUUGUUAUUUUGGUUUUAAGUGAAUCUUUAGAAUUAAAGACGAAUUCGAAACGUACAGGAGUGUUA